GUAGCCACUCCUCCUGAGACUAGCAGAUUGUUUAUACCUUCUGGCCAGUAACCGUGUUGUCCCAAAAAGUUCAGUUGAGCCACUACGGCAUUCCGUUUCCUCAGUAACUGACGUGGUACGCAUGCGCGAACCUCGUUGAGCUGGCCUAAAAAUUGAAGAUGGACUACGUGGCGCUUGCAGCGGGAACAACGGUCAUGGUCCUUGUAGGCUUAAUUGCCAUGAUGUUGUGCAUAGCCUACAAGCCGUGGAGUCUUGCGACCCAAGCCGGAGGGCCAUCCGAAGCUGUACCUCUGUCUGACGGAGGAGCAGCAGGCGGCGAUGGAGGCGGAGGCGGAGGCGAAGGUGGCGGCGGCGGCGGCGAUGACGGAGGUGGUGAUGGAGGUGAUGAGGAUAAGAGAGGCCGAUCGAGGCACCUCCAGCCCCGAAGCCCAAACCCGACGCCCAGCAGGUCUUCUCCUAGGAGCACUUCAGGGAGGAGAAGAUGAAAGCUCUUCCGACUUAGCGUGUAACCCAGUAUCAAGGCAAGAGUCGUGAACUGUCGAUUUCGUUUUCUUUCAUGGAAGAACCUGUUGUGAAAGGGAUCUUGCCACACAAUUGUAUGUCCUUGUUGACUGUUUUUGAAAAAAUGCAAGAGUUUAUUAAAUAAUGUACAAUGCGUACAUAUUGAAUAGUCAUAGGAACUGCGGCAAAAUAAGUUCAUGCAUUAGUUCAGUGUAAUUAAAAGGCCUACAGACAAAUUAAGGCAACAAGAUAAAACUAGUUAGAUUUUUUCAAUAUUACUGUUCAUGCAUUUUCCUCCAAUGUUAAGAAUGGACUUUAAUCUGUUUUUUUUUUUAUCCAUAAUAGGCAAGUUUCAAUUUCUUGUAAUCAGCAAAUAUCUAUGAUAGCGACCCAUCCUCAAUAAAGGAUGUAAAUUAUU